AGGAUAGGCCUAUCCAAGAACCUUUGUGGUCAGCAUUAGACUAAAAAUCCAUUGUUUCCGAACCUCAUUCCCCCCUCUUCUCUCAGCAAUGCCGUCUGUGGUCAGUUUACAAAACAGUUAAUAAUGUCAUCUUUUGUUGCUCUUCAUGGCCUGCAUGGCUCUCUUCACCGAUCCCAGUUCCUUGGCCAAGACAGCCUCACUCAUCUCUACCCUCGCAACAAGGCUUCCACCAUUCACAACAAGCCUACAACGGUCCAACCAUGUGCCAAAUUAGACAUGCUACAAAUCCUGGGAGGAAGAGGACUAUGCAAUGGAGAAGAGGGCCUCAAACAAGAGCUGAAGAGGGAAGUUGGUGCCGAUGAGAAGACACCACCACCAUCAUCAGCAAGUGAAAAUGAGCAAGAGGACUCAGCAACAUUGGCAAGUGUUGCAGAAGAUGGUUUUGAGAAGGAACUUUUGGGGCUAACUGGGGGGUUUCCAGGGGGUGAGAAGGGGUUGAAAAGGUUCAUUCAGGAAAACCCUCCUCCCAAACCAAGUGCUGGGGGGAAAAGCCUGAAACUUGCACUGUCAAAGAAGCCAAAACCACCAGAACUGCCUCUGUUGCUGCCAGGGAUGAUUGCCAUUGUGAAAAAUCCAAACAACCCCUUUUACAUGUACUGUGGUAUUGUGCAGAGAAUCACAGAUGGAAAGGCAGGGGUUCUCUUUGAAGGAGGGAACUGGGAUAGGUUGAUCACGUUCAGGUUGGAAGAACUUGAGCGCAGAGAAAAAGGCCCUCCUUGUAAGAAUCCCAAGUCUGCUGUGCUUGAACCGUUUCUUGAAAAGAAAUCAUAGUUAAGCUCUUUGUUUCAAUUUGCAAAACAUGUUCACUUCUGUAUCAUAUAUUUAUAUAUGUAUCUGCCUUUCUGACAAAUAAAGCAUAGCUGAGUGUUGCUACUAGUA